AUGAAACACAAAGUGGUCAUAUUGAAAAGUUUAUCAAAUUUGUUAAAAGGUAAUAUUGUGAAUUACGUUAUAACUCAUACAGUUUAUUUAGAAUUACCAACAUUUAAUAGCACCUCUGAAACACUUUUUCUAAUUUUAAGGUUUAAUCGCAGUUACAAAACCAGCUAUGAGAUUUCAGCCAGAUAUGAAAAUUUUGUGAAGACUUUAAACUUAAUUAAUGGUUAUCGAGGAUCGCAGAACACUGCAGUUUUGGGAAUAAAUGAGUUUGCAGACUGGUCCCAGAGCGAACUAAAUUUUAAAAUUUUGAACUGUAUUAUUUCUAUACUGCAGUAUCAGCGAACACAAACUACUUCAGGAAAGUGUGGCUCCUGCUGGGCAUUUGCCACUGUUGCAGUUGUAGAGUCAGCGAUUGCGAUUCAUAACAACCAAACUCCGGUUAGUCUUUCGGAACAACAAUUAGUCGACUGUGAUUUUAAAGAUUCUGGAUGUAAUGGAGGUUAUCGACCAUAUGCUUUCGAGUAUGUACGAGACGAAGGUCUUGUUUCUGCAGAACAGUACCCUUACACAGCUGAAGAAAACCCUCAGUGUUUGAUCGAAGGAGGACAGUACCGUAUCAAAGACGUUAAAUAUAUCAGCCGGAAUAGUGAGGCUAUAGCUGAUUUUGUUUUUUCUGAAGGACCUGUCUCAGUGGGUAACGCUAUCAAACUCUUUCAUUACCAAUCCGGUAUUUUCGAUCCAGCAGAAAUCGAUUGUACAAAUAACUCGCAAGGUUCUCAUGCUGUUGCUAUAGUCGGAUUUGGUACGACAGACAAUAAAGAUUACUGGAUCAUUAAAAACAGUUGGGGAAAACGGUAUGAAAAUUCUUCUUUGUUUUGA